AGUACGGAGACCCUGAAACAGAAACCAGAGAUUUAAAAAAAAAAAGAAAAAAAAAAGAAGGACACAUGCAUGCCACGGUAAUUGCUAUUGCUGAUGCUACCCCACUCAACGGACAAGAUUCCUUCAAUCUUCACCACUCAUCGUCCGAUCCCAGAAAUCAGAGUUUAAGAAUUCCUAACCAUGGUUAAUAUCUGGGCUUCUGUCUUGAGUUAAGAGUGUGUCUGUGCCUCUGUUGUGUUUUUGUUCAGGUUCUCUCACAGGCCACAAUUCUUUCCCUCUUCUUCCUCUUCUUCGGUUGCUUAAUGUUAUUGUUAUUAUCAGUAGAUAGAAGUUGGUAGAUUUAUUGAUAGGUUUCGAUUUAGAUAAGUUUCUAUUUUUAGGAAAUUCUGAAUUCUCAGAUCUACGGAUUUUAAUCGUUUUGUUUCUGGUUAUUUCUUUCGCAGAUGUAUUUGUUUUCAGGAUGAUCCUUGUACAGAGAACAUUUUCCUUCAGCUUCUCGGGAAAUUUUCAGUUUUUUUUUUCUUUUCUUUUUUCUUUUUUUUUCACUUCAAUUCUUGACAGAGAUAUGGGGUUUUCGUUAAUUUACUAGUUAAAAUUUCUCCAGAUCUGUUCUCAUUUCACCAAGUUUUCUUGCUGUUCAGCUUAGCAAAAUCUUCAAAAUUUUUUUUUUUUUUUUUUUUUUUCACUUCAAUUCUUGACAGAGAUAUGGGGUUUUCGUUAAUUUACUAGUUAAAAAUUCUCCAGAUCUGUUCUCAUUUCACCAAGUUUUCUUGCUGUUCAGCUUAGCAAAAUCUUCAAAUUUUUUUUUUUUUUUUUUUAUGUCCAGGAAAGUAAAUAUAAGAAGAAAGGAUGAAUUAUUUCCCUGACGAAGUUCUAGAACACGUUUUCAAU